GUUUGGGGGCAGUAGAGAGUGACAGCUUAAAAAAAUUGAAAGGAAGAAGGAAAAUUUGCUCUGAUCACGCCAUUGCUAUCCGCUGUGGAGCGGAAAACUUUCCAAAACUUUUAACCUUCCAGCAGUCCUGGAUUUAUCCGUGUAUCGGGCAGAGUCUAUCCUGAAACCUUGGAUAUGGCAGUUUCUCACUGACUGUGCCUGUCAACCAUCUCAAUCUCUGAGGAUUUUAUGAACGAACGUUAUAUCCCUGGACUUAUUUUAACGUGCUUCUUCGAAAUCGCCAGCAAGGGGUAGAAGGACUUUGGUAGAUAGCUACAUUUGAAAACUUUAACAAGAGAAAAUAAUAAUGCUGGGCCCUGUGGGGGUAUAUGCUGCAAAGAAGCGGAAGAAGCCUGUACAGAAAAUCCCAAAGCCCCCGCCCUCCGAUGGAGCAAAGUCGAACCCCUCGAAGCGCCAUCGGGAUCGGCUGAACGGCGAGCUGGACAAGCUGACCAGCCUGCUGCCCUUCUCGGAAGACGUGAGGGCGCGGCUGGACAAGCUGUCGGUGCUCCGACUCAGCGUUGGCUACCUGAAGGUCAAGAGCUUCUUCAAUGCGACCAUGCAGAAGGGCAGCACGGGCUGGCUGGGGGACCGAAGCUUGGUCUUUGGCGGGAACGGGCACAGCGUGGCUUCCAUCGAUGGCGUCACUUUUUCAGAAGGGGACCUCCUGCUUCACGCCCUGAAUGGCUUUGUCCUGGUGAUCACGGCUGACGGAUACGUGUUCUACUCCUCCCCCACCAUACAGGACUACCUGGGCUUCCACCAGUCUGACGUUGUCCACCAGAGUGUGUUUGAGCUGAUCCACACCGAUGACCGCGAUACGUUCCGGCGCCAGCUUCACUUCGCCCUCAACCCCAACCGAGCCAGCCCGGACCAAGGAGGGGACAAUUGCCUGACAAGCAUCCAGUGCAACAGUGAACUCACCACCAACACUGUGACCUAUGACCCCCAACACAUCCCCCCAGAGAACUCCUCAUUCCUGGAAAGGAGCUUUGUGUGUCGGUUCCGCUGUCUCCUUGACAACUCCUCUGGCUUCCUGGCCUUGAACUUCCAGGGGCGACUGAAGUACCUCCACGGCCAGAACAAGCUGUCCGAGGACGGGACCGUGGGGCACCCCCAGCUGGCCCUGUUCGCCAUCGCCACGCCCGUCCAGCCCCCCUCCAUCAUGGAGAUCCGGACCAAGACUCUCAUCUUCCAGACAAAGCACAAGCUGGACUUCACACCUUUGGGCAUUGAUACCAGAGGGAUGGUGGUUUUGGGGUACACAGAAAUUGAGCUGUGUCUGAGAGGCUCGGGAUACCAGUUCAUUCACGCGGCAGACAUGAUGCACUGCGCGGACAACCACAUCAGAAUGAUAAAGACCGGCGAAAGCGGUUUCACGGUCUUCAGGCUCCUGACCAAGAUGGGAACAUGGGUCUGGGUCCAAGCCAAUGCCAGGCUUGUGUACAAAGGAGGAAGGCCCGACUUCAUCAUUGCUCGCCAAAGACCGUUGACAAACGAGGAAGGUGAGGACCACCUGCGGCAAAGGAGGAUGCAGCUCCCGUUCAACCUUGCCACUGGUGAGGGUGUCCUGUACGAAACCGGCCCCAACCUGGACUUUUCCGUAAUGCCGGGGAACAGCAAAGCUCCUAAAAUCCGGAAGAUGCUGGACCAGAAACCCCUGGACCCCGACUCCCUCCUAGGCUCCCUGCUGAAGCAGGACCAGUCGGUCUACAUCCAGCCCCCUGACUCUGACCCUCAGUUCUCCCUGGAAAAAGUUUUUAUGGACAGCCAUCCCCUGUUCAAUGUUCCCAGUGACAGCUGGAAGCAGGGGAUAGCGAAACCCAACGGCACGGUCAAGGAGGAGUCGCCGAUGCAAGCGAUGAUGGACACGCUGGAGCAGAUAAUAGGCAACCGUAACUUCUGCUCUUCCCUGGAAGAGCUGGAACCAGCAGAGCUGCAGGAGUGGGAAAACGCCCUGCUUAGCAUGAACACCAACACCAAUGACAUCACAGCGGGGUUUGACGACAUCCUCACCAAUGACAUCUUCUCCUACGUGGAAGAGGCCCUCUUCAGGGAGAACGGUGUGACUACGAGCGCAGGCAGGCCCGAGCAGCUCGCCGUCAUGGAAACUGCCGCUGCGCGAGACUUCCCUGCCAAUCCACUCGUCGACCCGAGCACUUUGGUGGGAGUGCCAAACGCCUUGUCAGAGGUGGAGUUACCGGCCACCACGAUACCUGGAAACCAGGGCUUUAACCAGCAGAACUCGAUCCUUGGUGACCAGGUAGUGGGGGAUCCCCAGGCUAAUUUCUUGGGAGUCGGAGGCCAAGGUCUGCUGGGGACAGGAAGUGAGGUCAGAGGCGCGCAGAAGCUCACGCACAUGGGCCCUCCAAUCCAAACUCAGAUGCAGCCCAUUCUGCAGCAGACACAGUCUAAUGAUGUGUUCACACAGCCUCUGAUGCUCAAUGAGCUCUGCGCUCAAAAUGGCCUCCUGAACUUUGACCUUACCUCUGCCGGGUCCUGUGCUCAGACUACCAGCCAGUCAGGACAAGGCCCUCCUGUCUCACAGACCAAUCACAACCCCAGUAAAGUCAACGUCCUGGGACUGUGUCCCAAGAAACAAGUACUGUCUCCUCUUAACACCACUAGGCAGGUCCAUCCCAACCCAAUGACUCUUCCCCUCCAGAACCAAAUGCACUUGGGAAUGUCAGUCCAGCCAGUGGCAUGCCAACAGAAAAAUUCCAUCAACCAAUCAGACCAGGCAGCCACGAGCCAGGAGGGCCAAUGGGCUCCCUCCAUCCCCAGCGUUGAUUUUGCAGACAACCUGCCAGAGGCCUGUGCCCCUAACGUUCAGCCGGGCCUCCUCAAUCCAUCACUGUCCACCUGCCUUCAAGGACAGUUUACCCUGCAGACCCAGAACAGUCAAAGGGUGCCGUCAUGGCAACAGCAACAGCAGCCGCCUCUACCUUCUGAAACCCCAAACGGACACCAGCGCCUCCCCGGCGGUUUGAGCCAGUCCCAGGGCUUCCAGAGGUCACUUCCUGUAGGCUUCCUGCAUCAGAACCCACAGAACUUCAGGGUUGGCUACGCGACCCAAAAGACCCCCGUCCCGCCCCAGACUGUGGUCAGAAGCUGCAUGUUCGAGAGCGGCAACCCCCCCGCCAACGGCAUGCGCUUCGCCGACGUGGGGGCGCUGGUGGGCUCCCCCUGCCCGACCCAGGUGCAGCCCUACAACCAGAGCCCCCCGCAGGCGACCUGCUACUUCCAGAGGAACGGCAGCGAGCCCGUCGUGGGCUCCUCGGUCAUCGCGCAGGGCGACGCCACCAUCAGCCCGCAGACCCGCCCGAUCCCGCACGCCUUCGCUCCGGACGGCCUGCUGGCCCCAACAAAUUAUCUGAGCUGCAGCGAGCAGACGCAGAUCCCGGGCCAGCCGCCAGAGGAAAAUGGACAUUUCUCCUUCCCUCCCCUCAACAAUGGAACCACAUAUUUUUCCGAGAACAAUCAAACCAACUGUUGUGACUUCUAGAGGAGCGCUGAAACGCGGAGGCGCUGAGAUUUAGCACUCCUCCGCAAACGAGGCAAAAAAGAAAAACGUUCCCGCGUUCGUGUCCGCGUCCCUGGAAUUUCUCCCUCUUCCAGAUUUUGGCCAUGACCCCAGUGCCUCCUCGUCUGUAACACCCGUAGACGCGGACACGAGUCAGCUUUGGCCCGCCAGCCGGCGGUUUUGGUAAGAGAGACACUGCAAAAGGACGCUGGCUGGAGCUCUGAACCAGCACGACGUGCCUCGUGCGAUUCGCUUCCCCCCCCUUUCGUUUUGUCUGGAGCGACACAGCAAGUCACAAUGGAAUAUAUUUAUUGAUUUUUUUGUUUGUUGCUGUCAUUAUUUUUGCAUUGUUCCAUGUUAUUUGUGUCAGUUUUUGUUUCCGCGGAAACGUUUGAGCGUUUGAGUUGCGUAAACCAAUAGCAGUCAGUGUGGUAGCAGUCGAGUUCAUCAGCUGUGGACGGUGGUCUUUUUGAGGGCGUCGUGCCACGCGAAAUUUUCCGCAGGUUUCCCGACGUCCGUGGCGUGUGAAUUGGCUUGUUUUGUGGACGCAGUGAAUUUGGUUUGCCGCCUCGGUGGUGUGAAGAUUACGGAAUCUUUGUAGGCUGUGGCGCAGCGUUACAUCCUCGGAAAUGAACGACCAGGAUAAUGAAGUCAGGAAGAAGGGUUCGGAGUGUGGGAUUCCUGGGAAUUCAUCAGGAGAGAGAGGUUUCUUCCACUUGCACGUCAGAAACCCCUCCAGACUGUAGACGUCCAGACGGUAGCGAUAUUAGCGAUUGGGGAUGGAAUCAGGCCACGUUAGCGCCCUGUAAAUAGAUUCUAUGUGCACUUACGACUGGGAAGUGAAAGGCCACUCCUAGAAAGCCUGUUCUAGAACAUUCAGACAUGCUUCGGGACUUUGGGAAUCCACAUAUGUAAAACCGAAUGUUGUUGUUUUGCGUACAUACAGUUUAGUGUAUAUAUUGCACACACACAUACGCACACGCGCACACACACAGAACCAAGAAGUUGAGGUAAUUCCCAGGAAUCCUGAGGAUUUUAAAGUUCACAUUGGUUCCGCAGUGAUUAUAUGCAGUAACUCUAAGGAGGGGGGGGAAUUUGUUGCAUUGGAAGGGUGGCCCUCACAGGAGCGGGGUUCCCCACUCUGGGGUCAUCCCGACUAAUGACCUUGUUCUUAUCCCGAACUUCAUUUCUUUUUUUUUUUACUUCUCAAAUACAAUAUUAUAACAGCCUAUAUUAAUCAAAUUAAUAUGAUAAAGGAUAUCAUGUAUUCACCAAGCCUUGUCUUGUUUUUAAAAAACAUGUAUUUUAUAUUUUUAUAAGCAUUUAAUCGAAAUUAUUAACAUGUCGUUGAGCCAUUCUUUGUUUUGUGUCGUAUUUUCCCGGCUGCUUGUCAGUCUUAUGCGUCAUUGUCCUCUCGCCUUCCUCUUUACACCUUCAGAUAACUAACACUCUGUAAAGAAGUUGCUUCUUCCUUUUAGAAAUGCAGUCCCCCUCAUAUUCUGAAAUAUUCGAUCCUUGCGCCUUGAGAAUCGCGUUGCGUUGUGGGACGCCAGUUGCAGUCUCUCGACAAACUUAUUGGAGCUUUACGCAUUGGGCAGCAUUCGCUUUGGCGGACGUCGAAGCGGACGGGCAGCCCAUGGCGGACCAGGGCCUUGUCUGAGCGUCCCCAGCAGACCGGGGCCUUGCCCGAGCGUCCCCAGCGGACCAGGGCCUUGCCCGCGUGUCCCUAGCAGACCGGGGCCUUGCCCAAGUGUCUGCAGCGGACCGGGGCCUUGCCCAAGUGUCUGCAGCGGACCGGGGCCUUGCCCGAGCGUCCCCAGCAGACCGGGGUCCCCAGCGGACCGGAGCCUUGCCCAAGUGUCCCCAGCAGACCGGGGUCCCCAGCGGACCGGAGCCUUGCCCAAGUGUCUGCAGCGGACCGGGGCCUUGCCCGAGCGUCCCCAGCAGACCGGGGUCCCCAGCGGACCGGAGCCUUGCCCAAGUGUCCCCAGCAGACCGGGGUCCCCAGCGGACCGGGGCCUUGCCCAAGUGUCCCCAGCGGACCGGGGCCUUGCCCGAGCGUCCCCAGCGGACCGGGGCCUUGCCCAAGUGUCCCCAGCGGACCGGGGUCCCCAGCGGACCGGACCUUGCCCAAGUGUCCCCAGCAGACCGGGGCCUUGCCCGAGUGUCUGCAGCGGACCAGGGCCUUGCCGAGCUCUCGUUACGGCUUCAUUCGAAAUGGCCGCCCGGUGGCUCUCUCAGCAGCUACGAUGACAGAGGAGACGCAGCAGCAAUUCCCUUCAGUUUUAAGGCUUGUUUUGUAUUCUGUGUUAUAAAUGUGAAAGUAUCAUUUUCCCUCCCGUUUUCUGCGCCAUGUUUUUUGCAUGACCGGUCAUGCCUCUCGAGUUACUGCUGUUGCGAUCUCACUUGCACUAUCCCCAAGAAGCACAGACACCUCCCCUCUGCACUCGCCCCGCUAAAACACAGACUGCUUCCCUCCCCACGGGCCUGACGCACGCGCUCAUAAAAACACACACAUGCAUACAUCAAACACACGUGCACGCACGCACACAUACACACACAUACGUUUAAGUCCCACCUAUGUCAUCAGCUGACUGUGGGAUGUAAUGGCAGUAUGUAAAGGCGAGAAUGUAGCGGCAGGAUGUAAUGGUGGGAAUGUAAUGGGCUUCAUGCAUGUAAAGUGCUGUAACUAGCUGUAGAAUAAGUGCAGUACAUCUGUGUCUGACUGCAGGAUUUUCAUGGUUCUGUGUCCACUUUCCCUAAAGCUAUAAUGCAAUAUAUGCCCAAUAUUUAAAUAGGUAUUGUGCUGUCUGUUGGACAGUACAGCUUAGAAUGUUCCCCCAAUAUUUAGUAAAUGAACCUAACUUUACGAUAAGAUUUACUACUAUAGUGAACUAUGACUGACUGCAUUCUAAUGGGAAAAAUGAAUCCAAACAAACAUCACUACUGUCUUUAAUCAGUACAUAAAGUGGCCUUGUACAAUGUGAGGUAUCGUGUUGCUUUACUCUAAGGCACGGUGGAUUGGGGUGCUGCAUUUGCUCCCAGCAACCAAAGCAGACUUGUUUGACAUUUUUUUCCUUCUACGUGUUUUUCCUAAUCAUUGAUUACCAUUGGUUUUUGCCUACUGCAAAGGGACAUCCAUUGUGCUCUACAAUGAAGAUUCAAUGACCGUAACAUGGCAGCUAUGCUUUAAGCCCAGCGCAAUUAUAAAUGUGUACACCUUAGAAGGUCACAUUCAUUCAAUUUUGGGACUUUCUAAAAAUCGUGAUGGAUUAUUAUAUAUAUUUCUAAUACAUUACACGCACCACGUGCCUUGGUUUCCAACUGGCAAAUGAAAUGAGAGAUGUGAAAUGGCUGUUUGCAUGUCUCUGAAAGUAUAAGUGAGAGAUUGAGGUUGUCGAGAUGUAGGAAGACUCACUUAGUACGUUUCAUUGGAACUCUGUGGUAAGGUGUGAGAGCGUGAAAUAUGAUAAAAUAUAACCAUUUUACAUUUAACUUCAGUUGUCACUCUGAAGAUCAACACCCCAGCAACAACCUACAUGUGGCUUUUUUUCAACUGUUACUUGCAUGCCAAGAGAUUUUUACAUAUAAUUUAAAGACUUUUGGGGUUAUUUUCAGGAUUACAUUGCUCUUAUAAGCAACCUAGUGCAAAGUGUUGUUUUGGUUUAGAAAGUCUGCUUUAAAAAAAGGCUGAGAAGAUGAUGGAAUCGAUGAUGGCAUGUGAAUAUCGAUAAAGGUGAAGGUCUUGUUUUUUUACUAAAACCUAAGAAAUCGGUUUGCUGAAAUGAUGAUUGAAUGUGAAGAAAGGAGAUGGAGGACACUUUAAGAAUUUGCACACCUUCCUUGAAAGUAUCAGUACCGUUAAGUACUGUUACUACUUCCUGUAUUGUUACUACUUCCUAUAUAGUUCUGUCCUACUUCCUAUACUGUUAACUACUCUCUGUACUAUUAACUACUUCUUGUACUGUUACUACUUCCUGUUUUUCUCCAAGAACCCCCAAACUGUCAAGUACUGACAAGUGACUUUUGAAACAAGUGCCCUUGUGUGAAUGUUGUGGCCUGAAACAGCUCAGUAUUUGAGUGCCAGGCUUUUAGAUCACUGUGAUCUAUUUGGACGUGUGGAGAUCUAUUCUGCCAGCUCUCUAACUGAGAGACUUUUCAGCUCGCUUUUUUAUUAAUGGAAGCAGCAGCAGCAGCUACAACCAAUAUUAUUUCCUGUAUUUGUCAUGGUUUCUGUGUGAAGCCCAGUCUACUCUUCUGAAAAUGCAGUAUCAGUGUAUUAUGUACAGUUUUUUGUAUUUUAUUAUUGUGUUUUAGUGCUUUUAAUGUUUGUAUCGCUUGGCCUUUAAAAGGCCUUCACACACCGUAUACUAUUUCAUACGUUUUUCAUCCCUGAUUCAUUUAUCUGCUUUUUAUUGCCAUGUUUUUUUUUAGUUUUUUUUUUUUAAAUACAGUACAUAUCUUGUAGCUUCAAUGUUCUCCUACUUCUACAUUGUUAUGUUUCAUCUUUGUACCAUUAAAGAGGUUUUUAAUGA